CAACCCUGUUCUGUUUGGACCCUGCGAUGGAAUGCAUUUGAGAGCGGUGCCUGUUGCAGAAUACAACAGCAUACAAACCAAGAGAAGGCAACAAACCAAACUAUACUCGAACAGAACAAACGAGAAUCGGCAACAAGCAACAAGCGAUUGCACCGGUCUUCCUCCAACACGAAGAGAGCAUGCUGGCUGGAAUGGUGGCAACCCGGGGGGGCAUUGCCUUGCCCCUGGCACGGAAGUUGUGCUCGCAGGAGCACGGGAGGCAGCGCCUCGUGUCUCGCUUCUCUGGCCAAGCCGGGGGCGGCGGUGCUCGCAGGCGCUAUUCCCUCGCGAUCGCACGGAGGGUCCCGAGGUCCUUCCCGGAGGCCCUGGGCACCUCGCAAGGCAGCGGGGGCGAGAUCGACCGCGAGAGGGCCGAGGCCGAGCACGAGCGCUACCUGGCCGCCCUGCGGAAGCACGUUCCCGUCCUCUGCCUGCCGGCCCUCGACGACCUGCCCGACUCGGUCUUUGUCGAGGACACGGUCGUGGCCGUCGGGAACAGGGCCGUGGUCACCCUUCCGGGGCAUCCCUCGCGGCGAAACGAGGUGGGCCCGAUCCGCGAGCUCCUGGCCGGCGGGCUGGGGAUGGACGUGACCGACAUGGGCUCGGUGGGAGGGGGCCGCGCCCUUUGCGACGGUGGGGACGUCCUCUACACGGGCCGGCACCUCUUGGUCGGGAUGAGCGGCCGGACCAACCGGGCGGCCCUGGAGGUCCUCGAGGAGGGCCUCGGGAUGGAAGCCCUCCCGAUCCCCCUCGCGCGGGAGAACGGGAGGGCCUCCCUCCACCUCAAGUCCGUCCUGACCCACCUCGACGACCGGACCCUGGUGGUCCCGGAGAACGACGAGGGCCGGCGCGUCUUUUCGGCAAUCCGCGACGCCACGGGCGGGGCCUACACGUCCUCGGACGCGGUCUGGCUGCCGGCCCACGCGGGCCUCUCGUGCAACGCCGUCUCGGUCGGGGACCGCGGGAUCCUGGCGCAGCUGGUUCGAGGGGGGGACGCCCCCACCCGGGAGCGGCUCGAGGCGGCCGCGCGGGAGCGGGGCCGGGCCAUCGAGUUUGUGGCGCAGGGAGAAGCCGCCAAGUGCGACGGGGCCCUGACCUGCUGCAGCGUGCUGCUGGAUUUGCGGCCGGCCGGAGGGCUGGUACGGUACUAGUCUAGCCGGCGGGUCUUUUUUCGGUCGAUUGCCGCAUCGACCUGCACGGCUGGGUGUCUUUCCGGUCGGUCCCGGGCCCCCGGGUCGGUUCGAGCCGCAGAGGUGGUUGGCAUCGAUCGAACGAGGGGAAGAAAAACGCCGCUUCCCCGCUCGCGGCCAACAAAGGACAUCGCUACAAGACAAGGUGCGGAUCAGACGAAUAGAGUGUUUAAACAACA